AUUGGUUGUCUACAAAUUGGUUGAAACGUUAAUAAGUUGUUUUGUGUUCAACGUGUUGCUUAAUCAUGACAAAAAUUACAGAAGACUUAAUACGUAAACGAGCAGAGCACAAUAAUCUAGAAAUAUCAACUUUGGAAGAAAUUUCUUUGCAUCAGCAAGACAUUGAAAGGAUAGAAUACAUAGACAAAUGGUGCAGAGAGCUUAAGAUACUGUAUCUUCAGAGUAACCUCAUUCCAAGAAUAGAAAAUGUGGGCCGAUUGAAAAAACUUGAAUACCUCAACUUAGCCUUGAACAAUAUAGAAAUAAUAGAAAAUCUGGAAGGCUGUGAAUCAUUAAACAAAUUAGAUUUGACAGUGAAUUUUAUUGGAGAGCUUACCAGCAUUGAAACACUCAAAGAGAACUACAACUUUAGAGAACUAUUUCUGACUGGUAACCCAUGUACAGAAUACGAAGGGUAUAAAGAAUAUGUCAUAGCGACCUUACCUCAGUUGAAGUGGCUUGAUGGAAGGGAAAUUGAAAAAUCUGAGCGUAUUCAGGCAGUACAGGAGUAUGGUGAGAUCAGACCACACAUUCUGGAACAGCAGGAGGAGUACAGAAGAAAAAGAGAAAAACAGAAGGAAGAAGCUGAAUUAAAGAAGAAACAAGAAAAAGAAAAGAAACCAGGAUUUGAUGGGAGAUGGUACACAGAUAUUAAUGAAGGAGAUACAAAAGAGAACAAGACUAAAGAAAAGAAUGAAGAUGACACAGUUAAUAAAGAAUUUUGGGAUGAGAAGGUCGCAUUUACGCCAGAAUCAAGAAUUGAAGUGCAUGAACAUAUAAAGAAACAGAAAGAAAAACAAAACAAAUCAGAGGAGAAAAAAGAGAAAAAACCCAGAAAGAUGUUCUCAGAUGAUGGUACACCAUUCAAUGUUAAUGAAGCCAAAUUAGAUUUUGCCUUGAGAGAAGAUGAAGACAAUAACAAAGUUGUACUGGACCUAGCUGUUUACAGACACAUGGAUACUUCAUUGUUAGACUGUGACAUCCAAACAACAUAUGUAAGAGUUACUGUCAAAGGAAAGAUAUUUCAGUUGUGUCUGCCUGUUGAAGUGAACCCCGAUUCAAGUACGGCCCAGAGAUCUCUAACCACUGGUCAUCUUGUCAUCUCCAUGCCUUUUGCCAAACCUAUCCUGAAACCAACAAAAAUGCUUGAUAAGAAUAAAAAGACAGAAGAAACGAACAAGGGAAAGAUUUCCAGACAAAAAGAAGAACACUUGGAGGUUGACCCGAAGGCGAAGACUUGUGUUGAUAUCGGAAAUAUCGUGAGAGACAAAUGUGAGAAAACAGUGCCUCCUCUCGGUGGGAUGCGAAGACUUGUUAAAGAGAGAGAAAACUCGGAAGACUUUGUAGACGACCUGGAUGUGCCUCCUCUCAUGUAGAUUCAGUGAUGUGUUUUAGAGAAAAACAUUGUUAGCCUUCCCUGUUAUUUGUUGUCCAAGUUCCAGUGGUGUAUUUGGAUAUAAUUUAAGAAUUUUAAGCCAAGUAUGAGUUGUAAAAGAGGUUGCUGGGGGCACACCGGUUACAGACAUCUAUGCUAAGGAAUGGAUGGUAAAGACUGGGUUUGUAUCCUUGUACUGUCUCAAACCAACAAGUGUAAGGCCUCUACAUUGACUUCUCUCUUGUUAACCAUUAACCUCUGUACUGGAUUUACAGCACAGAUAAUUGAGGGGAGUGUCCAGGUCAGCAUGCUUCAACCGUAAUGGGCUACAAGCAUGAUGAAAUAUAAAUUAAAAUUUCAAUCACAAUAUACAUGCCAAUUUAAAAUCUACAUUUCAAAUAGGUCAGUAAAAGAAAUAUCCGUCCAUUCAUCAACGAUAUAAAUCUGUUAAAAUCCAUUCACUUGUCUAUUUCUAUUGGGACCAAAAUGGUGCUUUUUUGGGGACAAAUGACCAUUUUGGAGUAUUUCUCAUUAUUGAUAAUCAUAUUCAACAUUAAUGUUUGCAAUAUAUGAAGAUGAUAUGCAUUACAUUUGAAAAAUGCACCAUUUCAAAUGCUUACAGAAGUUCUUACAUUCAUCUUUAUGUUGCCAAAUAACCAUUAAACAUAUACAUUUAAUUUCUUUUUGUACAAUACUGAAACUUUGUGUUUUAAGGAUCAUACAUUCCAUGUCCGUAUUCACUAAUCCAUGUGUUGUAAAGCAGCCCAUCAUGAUGAUUAUCAUUUCAUAUGUAUUGACAACAGAGUAUUAAAUUAUUUAUUGUAUUCACAAUCGUGUUGGUUUGUGUGCG